AUGGGCAACUCCAGCGCCAAGUACGCCACUCCCCACGAGGGUGGCAGGUACACAAACCUGACCGAGAAGCAACCACCUGCGGCCCCAUCCCUCGGUCGGGUUACUGUGACUGGAGGUCGGUCGACGUCAUCCACUGUCCAGUACGGCAACGACGACGACGACGGAAUCCUCCACCCGACGUCGUCGAAAGCGUCCGUGUCAAGCCAGUCAGACAACUUGGACAAGACAAAGCCGCAUCGAAGCGCCAUCACCGCGCCAGAUCUACGGCGAUACUCGAGUGUGAGUUCGUCCACCGCACAGUCACGCCCGGACGAGCCGUACGAAGCGCCUCCAACGUCGGCGAUCCCUGAAAGUGAACUCAAGCGCAUCAAACGGGCUGGUGGCGACGACGAUCUCCCGGACAUCGUCGACGACGGCAACGACAUCGAUGACGGGCACCCUCAUCGAAAGGCCGGGCAAAAGCGCGUGUCGUUCUCGGAAGAUGGAAAAGACUCCAAGCUAGAAGGCAGCGCCACGUACACGUUGCAAACGAAGAAGCCAUCGCAUCACAUCGCGAUGAUCGUUCGGCCAGGCAGUGGCUUAAUUGGGCUGCAGCCAGGUUCGUUGGCCAUCAACGACGAGAAGUUCACUCCCACCAACGUCAACUCAAGGCAGCUUCAACCCUUGCCAUCCACAAGCAUAAAGUAUCGGUGA